CUCAAGUCUCCAUCUCUUUCUCUCUCUAUCCCUCUCUCACUCUACUUUUUAUUACAAAAAAAUUACAAUGAGUUCUAUAUUGCCGGAAACUGCCCGAGACAUCGAGACUUUGCCCGAUGCCUGGGAUUACAAGGGCCGGCCCUCCGUGAGAUCCACCUCCGGCGGCUGGCUCAGCGCCGCCAUGAUUCUCGGGGUGGAGGGGUGCGAGAGGCUGACGACACUCGGAAUUGCGGUGAAUCUGGUGACGUAUUUGACGGGAACGAUGCAUUUGGGCAAUGCAACCGCCGCUAAUAAUGUCACCAAUUUCCUCGGCACUUCUUUCAUGCUCUGUCUCCUCGGCGGAUUCGUCGCCGACACUUUUCUCGGCAGAUACCUCACUAUUGGUAUCUUCGCCGCUGUUCAGGCCACGGGGGUGACUAUCCUGACAAUCUCGACGAUAAUUCCGGGGCUCCGGCCGCCGAAGUGUCCGGCGAACAGUCCGGCGGCGUGCAUUCCGGCGAGCGGCAAGCAGUUGAUGGUCCUCUACUUAGGUCUUUACCUGACGGCGCUCGGCACCGGCGGCCUGAAAUCGAGCGUCUCCGGCUUCGGCUCCGACCAGUUCGACGAGUCCGACGCCGGCGAGAAGAAGAAGAUGGUGAAAUUCUUCCACUGGUUCUUCUUCUUCAUCAACAUCGGCUCCCUCGGCGCCGUCACCGUCCUCGUCUACAUUCAGGAUAACGUCGGCCGCCAAUGGGGCUACGGAAUCUGCGCCUGCGCCAUCGUCGCCGGCCUGGCGGCGUUCCUUGCCGGCACGCGCCGCUACCGCUUCAAGAAGCUCGUCGGCAGCCCGCUCAGGCAGAUCGCCGCCGUCUACGUGGCGGCAUGGAGGAAGCGCCGCCUCGACGCGCCGUCGGAUUCCGCCAUGUUUUAUGAUAUUGACGAUAUCGUCGUCGGCGGUGACGGCCGGAGUAAGAAGAGGAAGCAGCGGUUGCCUCACAGCAAGGAGUUCCGGUUUUUGGACAAAGCCGCGAUAAAGGACCCCCGAUCAUCGUCGCCGGCGAACAAGUGGAGCCUCUCAACUCUAACCGACGUCGAAGAAGUGAAACUCGUAAUCCGGAUGCUUCCGACAUGGGCGACCACAAUAAUGUUCUGGACCGUAUACGCGCAAAUGACGACGUUCUCAGUGUCACAAGCCACCACGAUGGAUCGCCACAUCGGGAAAUCCUUCGAGAUCCCGGCGGCGUCCCUAACCGUUUUCUUCAUCGGUAGCAUUCUCCUCACCGUCCCGUUCUACGACCGCGUCAUCGUCCCCGUUUGCAAGCGCUACUUCAACAAAUCCCACGGGCUCAGCCCACUAACCCGUAUAACCGUCGGGCUCGUCCUCUCGAUCCUCGCGAUGAUCGCCGCCGCGCUCACAGAGAUCAAGCGGCUCCGCGUGGCCCAAGAACACGGUAGGGCCCACGACCCCUCGGCCACCGUGCCGAUCACCGUUUUCGCCCUAACCCCGCAAUUCAUCCUCGUCGGGGCGGGCGAGGCGUUCACAUACAUGGGUCAACUCGACUUCUUCCUCCGCGAGUGCCCUAAGGGGAUGAAGACGAUGAGCACCGGGUUGUUCUUGAGCACGCUAUCGUUAGGGUUUUUCUUGAGCUCGAUUCUCGUGACGGUCGUUCACAAGUUCACUGUCCACAAACCCUGGCUAGCUGAUAAUCUUAACGAGGGCCGGCUUUACGACUUCUAUUGGCUUUUGGCGAUCCUUAGCGUCUUCAAUCUCGCGAUAUUCUUGUUUUGUGCACGAACUUAUGUCUAUAAGGAGAAGAGGAUGGCCAUGGAGGGCAUCGAAAUGGACGAGGCCGACGAGCCUGUCUGCCAUUAAUAUAUAUUUGAAAAAUGUAUGAACAUCGAUCGGCUGAGGUUGGUUUUUUUUUUUUUUUUUUUUUUUUUUUUUUUUUUUUUUUUGUAUAAAGGAAAUGUGGAAAAAGAGUCACGUGGAUGAAGAAAAUGACUCUCUUAAUUUUAAUUUUUUUUUUUUUUUUUUUUUUUUUUUUUUUGGUAUUGUGACAUAAAAUGGAUG